GUUAUUUUGGAAGCUGAUCUACAGCAAUAAAAAUUUACAAAUUACACGAAAGAGACACUUUUUCUCUUAUAAAAUUUGAAAAUCAAUAAACAAUGAACAUCAUUUACGAUGAGCAACAACAAAGGAAGCUGACACGAGCCAUAGCGAUGCGUGCGCUCAUGUAUGCCAGCGGCGAGAACUGCUAUUGUCCUGUGAAGAAGCCCACCAAAUUCAUAGUCACAUUAAAGCCGGUCGUUAAAACGCCCAACGCCGAUCCUUAUCUAAAUUUGGAAGCGGAAGCCAGUGGCUGCACCUGUAAUAUGAAAAUACCGCGCAAAACCACAACCGCUGAGCAAAUUCAAGUACGCAGUAAUACCGAAGCUUUAAAAGGCAAAACACUAUUGAAUGCCUUUCGCGUACUGACCAAUUCUAAAUUCAUCACUAUCGAUCCGAAAUAUGAUUACGGUGACAGAGGUUUGCUCUCGCCGUCCGGCCAACAGAUUCGCCUGAGCGGUGGCGCAUAUGAAACACGGAAGAAUAACGAAAAUUGUCAAUGUCCCAAAGAGACGGCGCCAACGAUUAAAACCGAGAAGUCUCGCCAUAAAUUUCUACAACCCGGGCAAGAGCAAAUAAGGCAGGAGAAGCAUGCCAAAAGUCCAAAGCCUAAGCCAAGUCAAAUAUCAUUUGUUUGCGAAAAUGGACGCAUCUAUCGUAUACUGCAGCAUGGCUGUCAUGAAGCAGGCGAAAAAGCAAAACGAACACCUAAAUAUCGAGUUGUAUUUCCCGGUGGCGAGAAACGGGAAGAAACGAAGAAAGUAACGCAGAAAGAAAGGGAGAAAAAGCAAGAAAGAGUUAAGACGCCAGAUAGAUCACGCGAAUCCUCAAAAGAACGUACGCAAUUGAAACGUGAAUUGGAGAGCGCGCCAGUGCAGGAGACCGUAACACCACCGCCAUUGACACCACCACGCAGAUGCGCUGAGAAAUCGGUGGGUACGAGUGAUGCGCCCAGCGCGAGCACACAUCAACAAACUAUGCUGGAUAUGAUCAGCUGGAAUCCGCUAAAGUAUUUCGACAUUAACUGUGGUGGCGCAGCAAAGGCAGAUCAAAGGGAAAUAGAGCCUUGUAAGGAAAAGCCGCCAUGUCCGCUAAGCAUAUUUCCAUUUCCCAGCAUACGAAAGACGGACAAACCCAUAGAAACGCCAGCUGCAGCGACCGAGCCGACUUAUGCAGUGAAAGAGGAGCCAUUUCCUUGCCAUGAAAGCGAAGUGGAACGGCCACCACAACCGCCGGCGCCACCGCCAAAAGCGCCGGAUAUUAGCAAAGAGAUUAUCACGCAGCAAUGCAAUCGCAUAUACAAUUUGGAGCUACAAGUCAAUGAACUGCGCCGCGAACUCGGACACAUGAAGACAGAAAUCAUACCGCCCGAUGAAAUGUUGCGUUGCACGGCGCUCGCUGCGAAACUACGCGAACUCUCAGCCUUACUCGCCGAACUGAAGACCCAACAUACGGAAGCGAUAGCCGCCGUGUUGUUAGCACAAAAGCAAGCUGCGACGCCAAAGAAAAUCGAGUGCACAGCUGUUACACAAACACCGCGUCCACCCGCACCGCCACCACCACGACCACGCCCAGUAAUGAAAGCAGAGACGGUGCAAACCUACUCCAAUGCAGAAAACAAACUCUCACAAACCAAUGCCACGUUCGGCUGGCGACCUUUCAUAGACGAGGCAACGCAAAGUUCACCAUCAUCCACUGUGCCGGUAACACCUAAAAACACCUCGAGCGUGCCGGUUAGCAGUCAUGCCAGCUCGGCGGCCAGUACUGGUCUGCCCUGCGGGCAUGGCACCGGCGAGCUACCGUUGAAAGAGUCACCCAGCUUUUGUCCCUACUGUCAGUGCAGCGAAUAUCCACGUUGUACUUACAUCGCACACAAUCUCUAUGGCGAAAUCAUGCGGAUUCUGCAACAACACGCACCCUGCGAGGUGUUGCUGUCGGUGCUGUUGCAACCGAACAAUAUAUACCAUAUAAACAUUUCGUUGACCAGCACCGGUGUGCCCUUGGGUUGCAUCUACGCCACGGAACGCGCUAUCAACGAGGCCGUCGAGACCGAUGUCUUCAAUCGCUUUCUCACCUUCUUCAUCGUGGAUGCGCGCAUUUCGGUGCAACAGAAGGCUAAGAUUCUGGCGCACACCUUUGAAUUCUUCAAAACUUAAUGUGAUACAUACACAUUGAUUGCACACACACAUAUACUAUAUGUAAAUAAUGUUAUUCAUUGUGGCAUUGUUAGACUUACGGGC